AUGGGUUACCGAAAUAUCCAAAAGAAUAUUAAGAUUGAAAAGCAAAAGAUCCGACAGCUUCGCAGCUCAGAAGCGAUGGCCCUCGAAAUUUCCCAAGAGUGUCGAGGCGGCCUCUGGGUCCAAAGUCAGCUCAUUCCUGAGUCACUCACCUGGUCAUUCUGCCGGUACUGGCUUGCCAUAGGAUCCACGGGUGCGGAACCGAGGACACGGCACCACCAGCAGUUGGGUUCAGGAUCAAUCAACCCUCGCUUCGCUCAAUCGGGGCAUCAGAUCCUUCCAUCCCGGCUUCUAGCGUGCUUCGACUGUGUGGUCCCUUUACAAGGGCUAAGGACACCGGUGUGGGCGACCGGUCAAGCAGGAGGAACCGGAAGUUUGGUUCGCCUCCGCCGUUGA